AUGGCGCCGGCGGCUCGCUCGGGGGGCGCGGGGCGCCUGCGCGCCAGUUGCGCGGAGGCCGACGGCUGUGCGACGAUCCGGCUGGCUCCGCCGGUGGGGCCGCCAGCUCAGCAGGCCCGGGACAUCCUCGGGGCCCUCGGCGGCUACGCGCGCCGCGCGGGCCAGGUGAGGGUGAUCUUCCUCUGGGCCGUGAGCGAUGUGAUCGGCGGGACGCCUUUGGCUUCAGCUGCUGCACCAGCCGACGGCGAGGCCGGAAGCGGCGCGGUGGCAGCGCUGGCGGAGGCCCUGGACGCCCUGCCGCAGCUGGUCGUCGGCCUCGUGGACAGGCCCGUUGGCGCCGCAGAGUCGUGUCUCUUCGCCUGCUGCGACGCCGUGCACGCCAGCGCGGCGGCCGAGUUUGCCCUCGCGGAGGACGGAGCCGAGGGAUUCGCUUCCAUGCCGCUGGUGCUGCUGAGGCGCCUCGGCACCGCCGCCCUCGCGGCCAGCGCCCCCUCGGCGCCUGCGGCCGUCUGCGCCUGGCGAGCGGUGGAGCUGGGCCUGGCGACCGAGGUCGUGGAGAGUACGCAGCGCCGCUGGGAGGGAGCUGUGCGCGCCGAGCUCCGCGAGCCCUGCCGCGAGGCUUGCGCCUCCGCGGAGGGCGACGGCUAA